GCAGCUACCAGGCGUUGGUUGUUGCAGAACACUACUCCGGAGUCCUGCUACAACGACAUUCGAGGGAUGCGGCCCCGAUUGGUGAACCUGGCCGGCUACCGCUUCCACCCGUGGUCCAUCCUGCUAGGUGUCUGUGUCGCUGUAUAUCAGCCCUGUCACAAGGACUUCGUCAAGGAGGACCUUUAUAUUGUGGGAUUCACAUGCAAGCUGUUCUCGCAGGAGUCCACCAUCAGAUUCCAGCACGAAUCCGUGGCGGCCAUGUUUGACGAAUAUGGUCCACAUGCCGACAAAGUCGUUCCCUUCCUGGAGUGCAGCCGGUUCUUCAUUUUGGAGAACGUGCAGGGAUGUUUGAAGCAGUCCUCCAGCGUGUCCAUGGACGACCCAUACAAGGUCACAGUCGUGUCUGACGAUACAAACGUUUGGGUUAACAACCCCUCUCAGAAGCGCGAAAUUGUGGAGAACGGACGCAUCGCAGAUUCGGUCAAAAAGAACAAGGGCAUGAAGCGGGUGCAAUCUCUUCUUGGUAUGCUGCAGCACUUAAUCUUGCGGAGGAGUGACGGGACCGGGACGGGUUCACAGGCUGUAGCCCAAAUUCAUGCCCCUUGUCAGCUGCUUCCGCGUGCCAACUCGUGGACGAUACUGCACAGGAUGCGUCGGUGGAGCUUGUACUCGUCUGUUGGAUGUGCACCGCAGCUUGGUGGUGAAAGCUUGUGGAAUGUCUUUGCAACUGUGCCACUUAAGCUGGUCUUGCACUGUGGCGAUGCGCUUCCAGCAAACCACGUGUGCCAAGCUGCCGAACAUGUUCGGUGGCAUCAAAGACGGAACGAGGGCGACAUCAAUGCUUCAACGACGUUGCAGACGGAGUGCAAUUGUCUUCAUCACCAAACAGCCCUGGCACUGAAGCCUGGGCUUCUCAGUGUGGAUGGCCUGUGCUCGGGAAUGGUGAGGAUGACCAGAGCAAUGAGAGCCACCAAGUUUCAAAGUCUUUUCCAGGAGGGUCUGGAUAUUCUUGCGCAGUCGGUUGAAAGGCGUGUGGUGCAGCAGCUGCCUUCCGGGAUUCAGCAGAUUCAAGCAAAGCAGCAAGGAUUGCUUGGCAUUUUGGGCCAUGAGCUGUCGGAAGACGAGCGGAAGCUGAUCCUAUCGACUUUCAACAGUUCCUGGGAUGAUGAAGUGGAGACCUCUGGCAAGUGGGUGCACUGGUGCAACGGUUGCUGUGGGACUCCACAGGAUUGUGUGAGUCGCAGUCGUGAAUGCUUGCGGUUGUUGUUUGAAAAAUUUCCACAGGUGCCACUCCUGUACAGGUGGAAAGGUUGGGGGCCGUGCCAGAACUACGUCACCCGUGGUGUUUUCAUCCACAACAUGCUAGCUUUUCUUAUUCGGCGCUGCUGUAGCAAGCACAGCCAAUCUGCAGCGGACCAACAGGCUAUGGACGAAGAUGCCCCCGACCUACCGCUUUCUUUGCGGCAGGAGAUCCGUAUGACCAAAACAUUGGCCUUCAUGACUUCGGGAACUAUCCGUGCUGAUCUUGGCAAAACCCUUCUGGUAUACUGGCCGUUGGCGACAUUGAUGGAUUUCAUUUCAUUGGUGGAGACAGCUCGUAGUCGUGCUCAAUUGCGCAUUCGAUCCCUGGCCCUUCCUGGCAGCCAGUGCAACUACAGCGAGGAGGAGUUGCGUGACAUGAACUGGUCCGUCCUUGGUGGUGCAAAGGGUGAAGAGGCUGUGAAAGAUUUCUCUACCCUCCUACUUGCCUCCCCAGAUGAAGACAUCCUUCAAGCAUGCAGGGUUUCAUUUCCAGAUGUACUUCCCCAUGUGUUUCCAGCCAUGUGCGAUGCAUGGCGCCGAUUGGUCCUGCCGGCGAAGAAGCAAAAGACACGUCUGCUCGGUGUGGGCAGAAUGGACACGAGCCACGCCAAGGAGUGCUUGAUACAAAUGGCCAAGUCGCUGUGUGGCAAGGCCAACUCUUGGAAGGCUGCAAAGAAGAACAGACGAGUCACAGGGUGCAACGUGUUCCAGCAGGAAAUGAUGCGUGGCAAGAAACUUCGUGUAGGAACACCAGAGUACAAAGCUGUGCAGAAACAGAUUAUGGCCGAUUGGGGCGCGCUGAGCCCUAUGGAUCGUGCCGUCUUCGACGAGAAGGCAGCGCGACAGGAUCACGAGCGUACUGUUCAGCGGAAGAAGACUCUUCACGUCAUCAACGAUGUCACUGAUGAUGCCGAUGCCGAAACAGAGUCGGCGGCUGGAUUGUCACGAGCUCAGCAACGUCGGCUUGGACAAGGGCAACUGAACACGUCACUUCAAGCACUGGCGUCCCACGCUGUCUGGAACAGUGGUCUGGGCAUAUUCAAUCAUGUGGCUGCUUUGCGGCCUUCGUUGGUGCAAAACGUUGAUCCGGCUUCCACCCUGUUGAGCUCUUUUGGUUACUUACCAACGCCGGAGGACAAUCCCAGGGUCAUGCCACAUAUGUUUUGCAGCUGCACAGAGGCCCACCCAGGCAUCUGCAAGGAUGAGGCGUGUUACCCUCAGGUUGCCAUCAUGGUGCAGCAGUUCCAGCGGUGUUUGGAGGUGCACAACUUGCAGACCAUGACCUUGUUCAAAGUACAGGCGUCUUCCAGCGGUUCCUUUGGGCCGCCUCCGAUGUGGCUUCUUCUCGGUUGUGUGAGCAAGAGACCGCUGUCACAUGUGUUGGGUCAGUUGGUCCAGCAUGUGCAUGUUGCCGAUGUCGUUACACCCAUGCAGCUGGAGGAUUCGUGGGUCCUACACACUCUCCACGGGGUUUUCCGCAAUCUGGCGAAAUCAGAAAGAGUGGCUUUGGAAAGCCUUCGCAUCGUGUUCAGUGUUGUUCCCUACGAUGCAAUCGCGAGCUACCCUGCACCCUCCCAUUUCAGGGUUGGGCAAGAGCGUUUGCGCUUCGAAGUUGGCCCAGGCGUAGCUUUCGCCCCGAAGCUUGGCAGGAAUGUUGAAGGAUCAGUGUCCCUGCCUUUUGGCAUCCGCCCCUCACAGCCUGCUCGAGGCAGAGGUAGAGGAGCGUCUGGGCGUGGUUGCGCCGGUCGCGCCAGCGGAAGAGGCCAGAAGCCUCCAGCGACCUCUGCUGAAGCCUCACUGGACCCGGACAAGUGCGCAGAGGAGGCUGCGGCUGGUGUGUUGUUUGAUGACAUUGGUGACGUUGGUGAAGCCUCGGCUGCCGCUUUUGUGCUGCAAACCAUGAGCACGCACGAUGCCAGUCCUCUGGCGCCGGAACAUAUGCCUGAAUCUGUGGCACGCGAGAUAGCUGCAACUGCGAAAGGUUUGUGCAACCAGCAUCAGGAUCAGCAAGAUGAUGCUGGCGGGGAGGAAGGUGCUGCAUCCAUUCGCCCGAGAGAGUCGAGUGCUGGCCCAGGUACGAUUGUUGCAGAGCAACCAACUUCCACGGCCCCAGCGGGUGCUCGAGCCGGCAGCCGGUUCCAUGAUGUUCUUGGUUUGAUGGGCUGCGCUGUCGCCAAGCGGCGCAUGCAGUGCUAUGUUUGUGACCAGCCGAUUCACAAGGGCGAUUUUCGGCUGGAACAUGCGUUCAAUCAUCGUAGACCGCAGCGCUCUGUCCACCCGGAAUGCGUAGGACAGAUAGCUUCCGACACUGUGCAGCAGUCCAUUACUUGGUUGGGCGGCCAGCUGGAUCUGGUUGCGUCUGAUGACACGAGCGACAAGGCAGCUGCUCUGAGGGAAGCUAUGCGGAGGUUGACUGCUAGCCAGAGCUCGUCUGGGUGA